AGGUCUACAAUGGCGAAACGUAUCACGACACUAGAGGACAUUAACAAAGAGGUGGCUAUUGCUCAGGAGUUAGGUGACAAAGCCCGAGAAGGAAGGGCCUAUAAUAUUUUCGGGUCCAUUUAUCUAAAGCUGGGGGACUAUCAGAAAGCCAUUCAGUAUCACAGCAAAGAUUUGUCUAUUGCCAAAGAAACGGGAAGUCGUGCCGGUGAAGGACGGGCCUAUUGCAACUUGGGCAACGUGUAUUUUUUCCUGGCUAAGUACCAGGAAGCCAUUGAUUGCCACAACAAACAUCUUGCGAUUGCUAAGGAAAUUGGAGACAGGGUUGGGGAGGCAAAGGCGUAUGCCGGUUUAGGCAACGCUUAUAUCAGUCACGGCAAAAUACAAGAGGCCAUAGAGUGCUACAAAAACGUUCUGUCCAUUGCAGUCGAUGUGGGGGACAGGAAUCUAGAAGGGCGAGCGUAUAAUAAUCUCGGUGCUGCUUAUCAUAAGCAAGGAAAAUUCUGGGAAGCCAUAGAGUACCACCAGAAAAGUCUAACCUUUGCCACUGAGGAAGGCAACCAAGCUGGACAGGGCAGAGCCUAUUGUAAUCUUGGAGCUGCUUAUCAAAGCCUCGGCAAUUACAAGAGAGCAGUGGAGCAUCAUGAGAAAUACCUUUCUAUUAGUAAAGAAACUGGAGAUCGUGCCGCAGAGGGACGGGCUUUUGGCAACCUCGGCACUGAUUGUCAUUGUCUCGGAAAAGUCGAAGAGGCCUUGGACUAUUACAUGCAACGACUCUCUAUUGCCAAAGAGCUGAAGGACAAGGUUGGGGAAGGAAGCGCCUAUUGCAAUAUUGGCAACGCGUAUCAAGAUUUCGGAAAAUUUGAGGAAGCCAUCAAUAACCACCGAAAACACCAGUCAAUUGCAAAAGAAAUCGGCGACAGGAUUCAGGAGGGAAUGUCCUAUUGUAAUCUAGGCGUCGCUUACAAAAGCCUAGGUGAUUUUCAAAAGGCCAAGGAGUGCCACGAACAGGAUCUUCAGAUUGCCAAAGAAGUGGGAAAUGCGGCCAGUGAAGGAAGGGCGUAUUGCAACCUUGGGUGCGUUUCUAGGAUCCUCGGAAACUUCCAAGAAGCCAUACAAUACCAUAGAAAACAUCUUUUUAUUGCCAAAGAAAUGGGAAAUGAAGCUGGAGAAAAAGAGGCUUAUGGUAAUCUCGGCAAUACAUUUCAAAGUCUCGGAAACUUCCAAGAAGCGAUCAAGUACCACAAGAAACGUUUAUCCAUAGCGAAAAAAUUAGGCGAUAAGCUCGGAGAAGGACGAGGCUAUAUGAACCUCGGUAAUACCUACAUUAGCCUCGGAAAGCUUGAAGAGGCGAAAGAGAACUAUGAAAAGCGUCAGACAAUUGCCAUCGAAGUAAGUGACAAGGCCGGAGAAGGGCGAGCCCUGGGUUCCCUAGGUAACGUAGAACAAGAGCUCGGAGACUUUAACAAAGCCCUCAAUUACCACAACCAGCACUUGGCAAUUGCGAAAGCCACCUGCGACAAAUACAGUGAAGGGCGGAGCUACUGCAAUCUCGGCGAAACUUACAAAGGCCUUCAAAAUUUUGAAGAAGCCUUCAGCUGUCACAAGAAAGCAUUAUCUAUAGCCAGAGAGACUGGUGACAAGGAGCUAGAAGGAGUGACCUAUGCUAACAUUGGCGAAAUACAUCAGUCGCUUAAAGAAUUUAAAGAAGCUUCGGAAAGUUAUCAGUCAAGUGUAAACCUUUUGAAUAUCCUUAGGGCUAAUGUUCAGGCUGAAGACGUGUGGAAAAUAACUUUUCGAGAGCUCUACCGUAAAUGUUACCAAGGUUUAUGGAGAAUGCUUUUAAAACUCGAGAAGAUCGAGGAGGCUUUGUAUGCUGCUGAGGAAGGUCGUGCUCAGGCUUUGGUCGAUGACUUGAAAAUACACUAUGGCUUAACAGGACCACCUGUAGAAGAAUCAAAGGAAACAAUUUCUGACCUGUUAAAGGAGUGUGCUACGCAAAUGGUGUUUAUUGGACUCGAACGGAAGAAGAUCAACUUUUGGGUCCUCGGCAAGGGAGGUUCAGUAGAGCUCAGAACAAAAGAAAUAGAGGGUGGACGUGAGGGCAAAGACUUUGUAACCGAGUUGGUUGAAACUACUUUGAAUAACAUCGGAGCUGGUGUUGGUGUGAGAUACGAGAAUCGCUCACUAGAUGCGCUAGAUGAUGAUUCCUCCCCUUAUAGAAACGGAGAUAAACCGCAAGCGGAGUCGUUAGACUGUACUGUAGGAUCUCUACAGCCGUUAUAUGACGCUAUCAUAGUUCCCAUUGCAGAUUUAUGUCACAGUAACGAAUUGAUCAUUGUGCCAGAAGGUCCGCUGGGCCUUGCUCCAUUGCCUGCACUUAGUGGGUCUAUAAGAAUUCGCACCAUUCCCUCGUUGACAAGUUUAAAACUGAUAAUAGCUUCCCCCGACGACUGCCACAGUAAAUCUGGGGCGUUGCUGGUUGGAAAUCCCUGUUUGGAGAUGGUUACUAAAUGUGGUAAACCCGUGUUUAAAAAGCUCGAGAACGCUGAAAAGGAAGUAAAGAAGAUUGGAGGGAUUUUAAAAGUCCAGCCUCUAACAGGAAAAGAAGCAACCAAACAGGCAGUGCUGGAUCGAAUCACUUCUGUUGCACUGGUGCACAUAGCUGCUCACGGAAAAAAAGAAACAGGCGAAAUUGCUCUGGCUCCGAAUGCAGGAUGGGAAGAAGGUCAAGAACCAAGAUCAAAGAAAAAGGCUCCCAAAGAAGAAGAUUAUAUUUUGAAAGUGUCAGAUGUCCAAGCAGUGCGUCUACAUGCAAGGCUUGUUGUGCUUAGUUGCUGCCAUAGCGGUCGAGGAGAGGUAAUGUCUGAAGGCGUGGUUGGUAUUGCUCGGGCUUUCUUGGCGGCUGGUGCUCGGUCCGUUCUGGUUUCGCUCUGGGCGAUUAAUGACGAAGCUACCAUGGAGUUUAUGACAAGUUUCUAUCAAUACUUAGCAGAUGGAAAAAGCGCUAGUGUUGCUCUACACCAGGCUAUGAAGUCUCUUCGGGAUUCAGAAAAGUUCUCUGCCAUCAAGUUCUGGGCUCCAUUUAUCCUUAUUGGUGACGACGUCACUCUUGAUAUUGGAAAAGAAUGACAACAGAAUGGUAAGUAUAACUUUAUUUGACAUUUUUUUAGAUACACACUAUGUCUUAAGCCUGGACCUCAAACGCCGCCGAAGUACUUGCAAGGUAGCUUCCGGUACUGCUUGCGAUACUACUCCGACACAUGAAGUGAUAGUGCCACCGGCAACGAGAAACAUCGCAGGUUCGAAUUCCCCGCCGGCAUGCCUGAGAAGUUAAUCUCGAGUUGACUUCGCAGGCGUGCUGGCAAAAAAGACUUUUAAUUAUAAACUGAGAAGACUUGGAAAUCUUUGCUCGUGAAAGAUGGCACUAAUGAAUUUUCCGUAAGACCUUAGGCGAUAUAAAUCGAAAAGACUUGGUAAUCUCUUGAAAAUAGGAAGUAAGGACAGAGAACUGGGGGAAGACAAGACUAUCUUCAGGUGUAGAUGUAUUAUAAUUCCAGAACAGUGUAUAAGUUUGCCCUGGAAGAACUAUAUGUCUUUGCUGGAGGAACACGACACAUUUGUCUCUUCGAAUUGAAUUGGCUUUUUGGGUGUACUUAAUUUUCUCAAAAGUUUUUCCUCAAAAUAUCAUGUUGAAAUACACCAAAGACACCCUGCAUUUAUUUACCAUGCCAGCGUAAAAAUAGACAACCAAUCACACGGUAAAGCUUUGAUUUGACUUUCUUUACAGAGGAUGGAUGAUCAGGAGGAGACUCGAGACUUGCCAAAGGGGAGAACUUAAAGAAGCAAUCCAGAUAGACAUUCAGUUACAGGCACUGAUAUAUUACUGGACAAUUUGCUUGAUAUGUGCUUUAAUUGUUUCAUUUAAAAUGACUGUGCUUUGACUGGAAGUAUUCUUAUUUGAUUUAAAAAAAAAAAAACAUCUCUUCGAAUGUUUAUUGCAUUUAAAACAAUCGUAAGAAUUAUUUUUUUCUGCAGCAGCUAGUUUUUAUGACGAUCCAGAAUUUCUUGAUUGACACUUUUACUGGUGGCCUAUAGGGAUAAUGGAGAAUAAUACAGCAUAAACAAGCAUUUUGAACAAGACUACUAUCAUUUCGUAGUUUUAAUGAACUUUUUUGGUAGAUCAUUACUAUAAAUGAUGAGUACAAUGUUAAAGUACUAGGUAGGUAAGACGACACCCAACGCGAAAACUUUUCUGGCAUUUACCAUAGGAUCGGUUGAUUAUUAGACUGCGUUUGCAAAAACUUUGAAGAAGAGA